UUAUUCGCAACUCUCCACCAACCCCCACCCCUAUUGCUUACCAACAACUGGUACAAAGACCACUUUCAAUUGCAUUCUUUUUCGACCAUUUACCUUCCUCAUCUGCGCACGAGAACUGCAAUGGAGCUUGUAACGCCCGCUGUUGAGAGGAUGGGAGGAAGUGAAGGGAUUACGAGGAAUUCAACCCUAAUUUGUGCACCGAUAAUGGCGGAUACGGUGGAUCAGAUGCUGGUUCAAAUGAAUUUGGCGAAAUCUAGUGGUGCUGAUCUUGUUGAAAUCCGAUUGGAUAGCUUAAAGGAGUUUAGCCCUCGGGAGGAUAUACAAACCCUAAUCAAACUCAGUUCUCUCCCCACGCUUUUCACUUACAGACCGACAUGGGAAGGUGGUCAGUAUAAUGGGGAUGAACAGAGUCGAUUGGAUGCCCUCCGAUUGGCGAUGGAGUUAGGAGCUGAUCACAUUGAUGUUGAGCUUCAGGCAGUUGAUGAUUUCAAGAAUUUAAUACAUGGAGAUAAGCCUACAAAGUGCAAACUCAUAGUUUCUUCCCACAAUUAUCAAAAUACUCCCUCAGUAGAAGACAUGGGGAACCUUGUGGCCAAAAUACAAUCAACAGGGGCUGACAUUGUGAAGUUUGCUACAACCGCUUUAGAUAUAACUGAUGUAGCACGAGUUUUUCAAAUAACUGCUCAUUCUCAAGUAAGCGGCGUUCCAAUAAUAGCAAUGGUGAUGGGUGAGAGGGGUUUGAUGUCUCGAGUACUCUGCCCGAAAUUUGGUGGAUAUCUCACAUUUGGUACCCUUGAGCAUGGAAGAGUAUCCGCACCUGGGCAGCCUACAAUUAGGGAUCUUUUGGACUUGUUCAAUUUCAGACAAUUAGGUCCUGACACAAAAGUAUAUGGUAUCAUAGGGAAGCCAGUUGGGCAUAGCAAAUCACCUAUGUUGUACAAUCAUGCUUUCAGAUCUGUUGGUUUCAAUGGAGUUUAUGUGCAUUUGUUGGUCGAUGACGUAAAGAAUUUUCUGGAGACUUACUCAUCUACAGAUUUUGCUGGGUUCAGUUGUACCAUUCCUCACAAAGAAUCUGUAGUUCAAUGCUGUGAUGAGGUUGAUCCAAUUGCAAAGUCGAUAGGAGCGGUCAAUUGCAUAAUCAGGAGACAGAAUGAUGGGAAGUUAUACGGUUGUAAUACAGACUAUGUAGGUGCUAUUUCUGCCAUUGAGGAUGGUCUACGAGGUUCAGACGUUCAAAAUGGUUCAACUGUUUCACCCUUGGCUGGUAAACUAUUUGUGGUUAUUGGUGCUGGUGGUGCUGGAAAAGCACUUGCUUAUGGAGCAAAAGAGAAGGGUGCAAGGAUUGUGAUAGCCAAUCGAACUUAUGAUCGGGCUAGAGAACUUGCUGAGAUAAUUGGUGGAGAGGCUCUGUCUCUUGCUGAUUUAAGUACUUACCACCCAGAAGAGGGUAUGAUACUUGCAAACACCACGUCAAUUGGUAUGCAGCCAAACAUUGAGGAGACUCCUAUUUCUAAGGAAGCUUUAAAGUCGUAUGCACUGGUAUUUGAUGCUGUAUAUACACCCAAAAUUACCAGAUUACUGCGGGAAGCAAGAGAAUGUGGAGCCAAAAUUGUAACAGGGGUGGAGAUGUUUAUAGGGCAGGCAUAUGAACAAUAUGAGAGAUUUACAGGGUUGCCUGCACCGAAGGAAUUAUUUAGGGAAAUUAUGGAAAAACAUUGAUUAUUCAAGGUAUUCACCUAGAAACUGGUGGGUUGAAAGCAAUGUGUUGUGCAAAAUGGUACACACAUGAAGCAAGGAGGAGGUGUCUGCAUCAUUUGUUAUUCUAUCAGUAUCAGUAUUUUUGUUCUUACAAGAUAAGGAAUUUGUAUUUGAGAGCCAUUGAAUUCUCACUUUUCUGCUGCUAAAAUUGAAUUUAGUUUUAUAAAAACAGUAUGGGCAUGGGCAUGAAGUAGUGAUGUAUCUUGGGUGCCAUUGAUUCUAGUUAUUUAGACAAAAUGUUGCUUUA